AAUAAUAAAGAAAAGUAUUAAUAAAUCGAUUUUAAUUUACUCAUAAAUUGAAUAAAAAGUGGUUUUAUCAUGAAUAUAACACGUAAGAUUUGCCAUUUACAUUAUCAAAACAGCCGCAAGAAUGUUUACAGGAAAUUUAGAUUGUCGGCUGCAAACUGCGAAGCCUCCUCAUCACAGCCUCAAGUGCACGAGAAAUUUGACUUCGAAGACCUUAAAGUUGUAGAGCGUACUGAGCGGAGAAAAGCACAAAUCCCACCGUUCAUGAAAGAUGUGUUCGUUUCAAUAUUCAACCGUGAACUGUUGGCCUUUCCCGAAAUCUUAAACAAAGAUGAAUCUAGUGAUGUCGACAGAAGAGUUUCGUCCCUAGAAAAGGUCUUCAAUGAUCAAACAAAAACUAGGGACGAUAGGAAGGAGGCCUUAAAAAAGAUAGGCAUGUAUAGCGCCCCAGUAGCUUUAACAAAAGGUGGUUAUGCAAUGAACAACACAGAAAGUUUGAGAUAUCUCGAUGUUAUAUCGUCUGAUGUACAGUUGGGUGUAGAAUUAAGCAACCACUGGGUGGGGUUGAAUGUAAUAAAGUUGGGACUAAAACCGGAGAACUACAACCAAAUUGUGGAUGAGCUCGUCACAGGGGACGCAACAGUGUCAGUGUGUGUUAAAGAAAAAGUUUCAGAGCGAAUAUUGCAGGCUGACUUCAAAACUACUGCUGAAGUUGACAUGAGAGGAAUUUGGCACAUAACUGGCGAGAAGAUAUGUCAUAUUAAAUCAGAUUUUCAAGUAGUUCUGUGCUUAGUGGAAGGCAUCCAGUAUAGAGCAUUUUUGGUCCAUCGAGGAGCAAAGGGAGUCAACUUUGCAAACAAUUUUAUUACUUUCGACAAGACACCAGCUACUCCACUGGAUGAAGUCUCAGAAAGCGAUCUCUCUAAAGCUUUUGGAGUUUCACGCCUCCACGUAGCAGCUUUGUGCAGAAACAGCCUUCUCAAUGCCACAAAGUCCUGCAUCAAAUAUGUCCGGCCCAGGUUCCUAUCAGGCCAGGCCUUAUCAAGUCUGACAUCAAUACAGGCUGUUCUUGGAGACUCAAUGAUAAUGUCAUACGCCAGCGAGAGCGCCGAGUAUUUCACUGCGGGUCUUCUCGACGGAUAUGUGGACCCUGAUGCUGAAGUGGAAAUGGCUAUGUGCAGGAAUUUCAUAGCGAAGCACGCUCAGGAGCUCAUAGUGAAGAUCCUGGCGAUCCCCGGCGUGGAGCAGCAGGAGGAGUGCAGCAGGCUGUCGGAGGAGCUGCGGAACCUCGCUCUACUCGGCGAGAACGAUGACCAUGUCAAUAUGUUUAUUGUUCUCAGUGGCUUAAACCACGCCGGCAAAAUGUUAGCUGAAGAAGUGAAACAGAUCAGAAACCCGCUAUUCCAUCCAGGGUUCAUACUGAAGAAGAUGGUGGCCAACAGGCAUCAGGAGAACGACAACCCGAAGUUGACCCUCCACCUGUCAGAGCACCUGCACCCGACGCUGCUGCGGCACGCGGAGGGGCUGGAGUACGCCGUGCUGCGCAUGCGGUACGCCGUCGAGACCGUCAUGGCGCGAAACGGCGCUGAGGUCGAGGGCGCCGCCACGGAAUUACUCCGGCUAGCUGAGGCUGGUUCGGAAAUUUUAGCCAUGGCUGCUUCCCUGGCUAGAGCUUCACGGUCCUACUGUAUAGGUGUAAGAAACGGUGAAAUCGAGAUGAAGUUAGCGAGCUGUUUCGUCGAUCAAGCCAAAGAGAGAGUGAGGAAACUUAUUAAAGAAAUAGACGAUGGGGAAUUCUUAAACUUGGACCGCUAUAGGACGAGUUUUGGCAAGAAGAUGCUGGAGUCCAAGACAGAGCUCAUAGAGAAACCGACGGUUAGAGUGUUUUGGUAAAUAAAUGUUAUAUAAGUACUGUUACAAUUA